AUGGCGCCCAAACGCUCGACGUCCAACAAGGACGCCGACGACUCCAAACCGGCUCAUACCAGCAAGCGAGUGAAGACAGAUCUGCGCGACCCGCACCCCAAUGCGAAACAAACCGAAGAGUUCGGCAUUGUCCUCCGCGACUUCUACCCUCCGGAGAUGAGCAACGAGCGAUGCAAAGCCUACAAUGAUGGAACAAUCCAACGUCCAAUCGAGACCCUAGAGAAGGCAUGUCAAGACACAGCCGACAAGCGCCGUGCGACUACACCGGGAAAAGCGGUGGUGCAUUGGUUCAAGAGUGACCUGCGUCUCCAUGACAAUCGAGCUCUUCACAUGGCCUGCCAGCUCGCUCGCGACCACAACGUGCCCUUGAUCGGACUGUAUAUUCUCUCUCCCGAGGAUUUCACUGCCCAUUUGACCAGCCCUGCUCGAGUCGAUUUCACCCUCCGUACACUGAGUCAGCUCCAACGGGAUCUGGGGGAGCUGGAUAUUCCAUUAUACAUGGAGACCCAGGAGAAGAGGAAGGGGGUCCCGAACAGGGUGGUGGAGCUAUGUCAGAAAUGGGAGGCGAAACAUGUUUGUGCGAAUAUUGAGUAUGAGGUUGAUGAGCUGCGGCGCGACGCCAAGCUUGUCCGUUUGUGCGCGGAGAACGAUAUUGAUUUCUCGCCCUCCCAUGACACGUGUGUUGUGCCCCCAGGGGCUCUGAGCAGCCAGCAGGGUCGUCAGUAUGCUGUCUACACACCUUGGUUCCGAUCCUGGCUUGCGUUCCUCAAAGAGAACCCGGAUUACCUCGAGCUUUCGGAAGAGCCCGGAUCGAACCACGGUGAUGCACGAAAGCAAUUCUCUAGUCUUUUUGAUUGCAAGAUCCCCACUGCGCCCGACAACAAGCAGUUGUCCGCCGAGGAGAAGACGCGAUUCGAGAAAAUGUACCCGGCGGGCGAACAUGAGGCCCUACAACGGCUUGACAAAUUUCUGGAAGAAAAAGGUCGGAAGUAUGAAGAGACGCGCAGUAUGCUCUCCGGAGAGCAUACCUCGGUCCUCAGUCCUUAUUUCGCGGCGGGGGCUUUGAGUGCCCGAACCGCGGUAGUAACAGCGAAGCGAGCUAAUAAGAACCAUCUGGAUCGAUACGAUCAGGGGUACAUGACAUGGAUCAGCGAGGUGGCCUGGCGGGACUUUUACAAACACGUCCUGGUGAAUUGGCCUUUCAUUUGUAUGAACAAAUGUUUCAAGCCGGAGCAUACCAACAUCGAGUGGGAGUAUGACGCUGAACAAUUCCAGGCUUGGUGCGAGGGCAAAACUGGAUAUCCUAUUGUCGACGCUGCCAUGCGACAACUACGACACUGUGCCUGGAUGCAUAACCGCACCCGUAUGGUGGUGUCGUCUUUCCUGUCGAAGGACCUGUUGAUCGAUUGGCGGCGCGGCGAGCGAUUCUUCAUGGAGAAUCUCAUCGACGGCGAUUUCGCCUCCAACCAUGGUGGGUGGGGAUUUGGUUCCAGCACGGGUGUCGACCCGCAGCCCUACUUCCGGAUCUUCAAUCCCAUGCGACAGAGUGAGCGAUUCGACCCCGAGGGCGAGUACAUCCGGAAAUGGGUGCCCGAGCUGCGGGAGGUGGAGGGCAAGGCGAUCCAUGAGCCGUACGAUCGGGGUGCCGGGGCCAUUGCCGAGAAGAACGGUUACCCCAGGCCGAUUGUGGAGCAUGCGCCGAGUCGGGAGCGGGCACUGGCACGGUACAAGAGCGCACUGCAAGGGUGA